AUGCUCCUGUACGGCUGCACCGACAUCGCCUUCGCGCCGCACGGCGCGUACUGGCGCGGCGCGCGCAAGAUGAGCGUGCGCCACCUGCUGAGCCCGCCGAGGGUGCGGGCCUACCGCGCCGUGAGGGAGCGGGAGGUGGAGGCGCUGGUCCAACGAGUUCUAGAGCAGGUGUGCCGCGGCGGCGGCGUGCGCCUGAGCGAGCUCCUGAACGAUUUCGCCAAGGACGUGGCCGGGCGGAUCGUGCUCGGACUGCGCGCCGCCGGGGACAACGGGUGGCGCGCCAAGGUGGACGCGCUGCUGGAGGAGACCAACGUGCUGCUCGCCGCCUUCCACAUCGGCGACUACAUCCCGUGGCUCUCCUGGGUGAGCCACGUCGACGGCACGGACGCCAGGGUUAGGAUGGCGUUCCAGAGGAUCGACCGGAUCCUCGACGAGAUCGUGGACGCGGCUGCGACCAGAGAGACGCCAUUGUCGGAAGAAGAAGCGAGCGACGAUGCUUUCAUCCAUGUGCUGCUGUCACUGCAGCAGGAGGAACCAACUCCAACUGCUGGGACAGGAGAGUGGCGAUUCAGCAGGGACAACGUGAAGGCUCUCUUAGAGGACUUGUUCGGAGCCGGGACAGAGGCCACCAUCAUCGUCCUGGAAUGGGCCAUGGCAGAGCUGCUCCGCAACAAGGGAGUCAUGCAGAAGCUGCAGCGCGAGGUGAGACAAGCUCGGAGCACCAGCAGUAACGACCAUGGCAACAUUGUUGGCGAACAAGAUCUGGCCGGAAUGGAGUACCUGAGAGCAGUGAUCAAGGAGACGAUGCGGCUGCACACGCCGGGGCCCCUGCUGCUUCCGCACAAGUCCAUGCAGGCCACUCGAAUCAGCAGCCACGGGUACGACGUCCCCAGCGACACCAUGGUGAUCGUGAACGCCUGGGCCAUCGGAAGGGACCCGGAGGCAUGGGAGUCGCCGGAGGAAUUCCGGCCGGAGAGGUUCGUCGGCAGCGGGGUGGACUUCCGGGGCCAGCACUUCCAGCUGAUACCGUUCGGCGCGGGGCGGCGGAUGUGCCCGGGCGUCAACCUCGCCAUGUCCGUGGUGGAGCUCGCGCUCGCCAACCUCGUCGCUCGGUUCGACUGGGCCGUGCCGGAGGGCGAGGUAGAGCUGGACAUGGAGGAGACGACCGGGUGCACGGCGCGGAAAAAGGCUCCACUCUGCGCCGUCGCCACGCAGCGCUGUUUCAGCUAG